AUGGAGAUUCAAACACAAAUGCUUCAUCACAAUCCAUACGAUAUUGUUAAAUCUGAGCAACCAUCAACUCCACCGAAAACACUGAUAAAAAGUCCAUGUGAGUUGUUUUUUUUUGACAAAUAGAGGACAUCAAUCAGCAAAAAGUAUGACGAAGAAAAAGAGGAUUUUGUUAUUUUUGUCAAAGGUGUGGGGGAUAGAGAAAAGAUAGAUGUUUUUGAUUUUGACUACGGUAUUUUUUGAAAAAUAAAAGUAAAAAUUCUAUCUAGAAUUUUUCUUGCAAAAAAAGUUUCCGGGAAGUUUUUUUUUGUUGAUAUUCAUUCAUUAAUUAUUCUCAAAUUGCCCAAAAAUCGGCAAACACCAGAAAACUUGCAACACUUGCCUCUUCCUAUGCGGCAAUAAAUCAAAAACAACACACAUUUGCGCAACAUAAUAAAAAUCAUAUAAUAAAAUAUGUGUAUCUGCUAAAUCUUUUAGCUAAAUAAUAGGUUUUUUUUCAGAUUUGGAUAAUUCGUCGGAUAUGGUUUUUGGUAAUUUUCAAAUUCAUCCAUCUUUUUGCACACCAGUCAGCAAUAAUAGUGAUCCUUUGAAUAAUAAUAAUCAUUCGAAAGUCACACAAAAUGGUGAGUUUUUUGGAAUUUGAAAAAUGAAAUUCUAUCAUAUAGUUGUAGAUUUUGCAGGCCGUGCAUUGGCGGCGGAUCGUAAACGACCGUAUCCUUGUAAUUUGUGCCCAUCAAAAUUUGGAUCGAAAAUGGAGUUAGAAGAACAUCAGAAUUCACAUACCGGAAUGAAACCGUUUGAAUGUGAUGUUUGUAAAGCUCGAUUCAAUCGUAGAUCAACACUUUGGAAUCAUAAACGUAUUCAUUCGGAUGCCAAACCUUUUGUUUGUACCGUCUGUCAGAUGACAUUCAAAUGGAAAAAUAGUUUAAAGGUGGGUUGAUUUUAUUCAAAACUUGAAACUUUCUUGAUUUCAGUAAAUGUUUUAUUCUAAAAAAAAGUUGGGUAUGUUUCGAAAUAUUGUGUUGUUUCAGUGUUGUCUGUCACCGGAUUUUUUUAUAAUUUCAAAAAUUUAACAAAAACUCAUUUAUUUUUCAGUGUCAUAAAGAUAUGCAUCAACGAAAAAAUGAAACAUCCGCACACCUUGACAACGAUCUACGCCAACUGACAUACGCGACAGCCGCCAAACGAAAAAUGGUUGGUGUCAAAUUUUUAUUGGGGUCUAUUUAUUUUCAAAGGGUCAUUAAUUCACACAACAACACAAAAAAACUUUUAGAUGAUGGAGCAAGAGGAAAAUGGCGGAAUUGCCGCAUCUUCAACAUCUUCUUCAACACAUCAUCCAUUGAUCACAACAACGACGUCGCCAAAAAAGAAAAAAGGUUUUCAAAGUUAA